AUGUGGCCAGUAUGUAUGUGCGUAUCAUUGCACAACGCUGUUGUAUGGCCAGAGUGCUGUGGUCAACACAGCGGUGCUCAGCUUCGUUUGGGUGAAGCGCCAGAUGAAGUGCGCCUCCUCCAAGAGGGAAAGAACGAAAGAACUAUGAAGGAAACAAAAUGCUGCUGUCAGCUUUAUGUGCAUAGGAUGGCAGACAAAGAGCAAAAGGAAGUCGAAGAGUUGCAGGCUACGAUUGCAGAGGUUUCUGCGGACAAUUGGAGCGCUAAUAGCCGAUACAGGUGUUUCUUUGCUGCCCAGCAAUACUACUUGCUGAACUCCAGCGGUCCAGAGGAGGAGACUGCUCCGGAAGCCAAGAAGAUGCUAGAUGUGUUGGCUCAGUGCCGUGAGGAGUUGUACCUGAAGAUCCCCAAGGACACUCCGGCCUCUCGACCCAUUCAGCUUAUGGCGACAGCUGUCUCACAAAAGUGA